UAUAUAAGAAAAAUUAAUAUUAUGGAGAAAGAAAUAGAGAAAAAAAAAUUAAGAAUUCUGUGUCUUCAUGGCUUUAGAGGAAGUGCUGAUAUCCUCAAGAAAUUGAUUUUCCGAUGGCCGGAAUCCGUCACCGGAAAAUUGGAUUUGGUGUUUUUGGAUGGACCUUUUCCAGCUCAGGGGAAAUCUCCACUUGAAGGUUUUUUUGAUCCUCCUUAUUUUGAAUGGUUUCAAUCAAAUAAGGAUUUCACAGAGUUUUACAAUUUUGAAGAAUGCCUAAAGUAUAUAGAAGAUUUUAUGUUAAAGAAUGGACCUUUUGAUGGUGUUCUUGGUUUCUCACAGGGAGCUGUUUUAGGUGCAGCAAUUCCAGGCAUGCAAAGGGAUGGAGUGGCUCUAACAAAAGUUCCAAAAGUAAAGUUUGUGAUAAUAAUAUCAGGGGCUAAAUUUGGAGGGUCAACUUAUGGGAUACCAAAAUUGGCUACAAAUGCAUUUUCAUCUCCUAUCAAUUCUCCAUCCCUUCACUUCUUAGGGGAGGCAGAUUUCCAGAGAAAAGAUGGUGAAAUUCUGCUAGAGUGUUUUGUGGAUCCACAAGUGAUUCACCAUUCUAAAGGACAUACCAUACCUAAACUAGAUGAUAGCAACGUUGAAAUAAUGCUUGGAUUUAUUGAAAAAAAUUCAACAACUUUUAAACAGGGCACGAGUUUAUCGACAGUAUGAAUUAUGCUCAAACAUUAUUUUGUUUUCUAAUGUUUCUUUUGUUGAUUAUAUUUCUUUUGUUAUUGCUUAAUGUAUUCAUACUUGUAAUAUUUUCUCCGUCUCAAAAUACUUGUUACAUUUAAUUAGGAUCAUCAGUUAAUUAUUU